AUGCUAUCUCCGUUGACUGAUUGUUUUUCCUUGCAUAAUGUUGUAGAACCAUCAUAUGUUAAUAUUUUAUCACCAACUCCUGACUCAAUAAUAUCAGAAGAAAAAUUUACAUCUAACCAAUCACAAAAUGAUGAUCAUCACCAAUUAUUUGAUUUAGACGCUUUUACAUUUGAUGCAAGAGACUACUUCAAUUUUGAAAGUUUUGUUUCUGACGCCGUACGACGCAAAUCACUUGACGAUGCCAUUUUUCUUCGUAGGAUUUCUUCUACAACACCCAUAAAAUCUGAAAUUUCAUUCCAACAACAACUAAAUCGUCGUAGAUCUUUACCAAGCGAGUUUUCACAACAACGUAUUCAAAUCGAAGAUGAUUUUUCCCAAAUAACAGCCAUAAAAUCAUCUAAAUCUCUUGCACCAUUUGCUUGUCCCCAUGAACAUUGUUCUAAAACCUUUACACGUCAAUACAAUCUAAAGUCUCACCUUAGAACUCACACGGAUGAACGUCCUUUUAUUUGUACUUAUCCUGGGUGUCCCAGAGCUUUUGCAAGGCAACAUGAUUUAAAGCGUCAUCAAAAAUUACAUUUGGGUCUUAAACCACACGUUUGUGGUAAUUGUGGUCGUGCUUUUGCCAGGUUAGACGCAUUGAAUAGACAUCUAAGAAGUGAUAAUGCUGCUCAAUGUGCUCAAGUAACAAUGGCCAAUAAUAACAAUUCUUCAAUUGGAAAAUUGUUUAAAUCUAAUAACAUAUGA